CAAAAUCUAUCAACAAAAAAUAUUAAAAAAUGUCAAAACGACAAGGCCAGAUCUAUAAAUUUAAUAGAGAUCUAAAUCUAUUUUAGAGAUAGAUAGAUCUAUCUAGGGCCUAGGGUUGUAGAUCUACAUCUAGGACUUUAAACGAAAAAAUAAGUCAAGUCUUCUAGACUCUACUCAAGAUUAGUCUAGAUCUAGAUCUGGAUUUCUAUAAAUUAUAAAUAAUAAUGAAAAAAUAUAUAAAUUUAUAAAUGUCUUAUAAUAGUGUUAUAGUCUACUCUUUCUUAUAACUUUCUACUGAGACUACGCACAAUGACUACUGUCUAAUUAAUCAAUUCUUAUCUUUAUAAUUAUACUUUACUAUUUGAGCUUGCUGAGUUGCUCUCUCUUGAGUCUUGCAAUUGACUGAAUUCAAUUCAAUCAAUUGUGACUUGUCUUGUGAGUCUUGUGUUUAAAAAAUGGACAAUGAUCUGCUGACAGAAGUCUCUUCGGCAGAAUUGUCUUUGAUGAGUAACAAUGUAGAUGAAUCUUCAGAUGUGGUAGGUCUCCAUGUUCUCACGACAGAUUUUGUCCAUGACCCAGAUAAUGUCAUGGGUGAACUGACUGCUGAUGAGUGUAGUAGAAACACCAUUUCAAAUCUUACAUCAGGCAUUCAGGGAUCAGUUAUUGAUAAAGAUGGAGAAAUUACUCUGAAUUCCACUUUCAUUCCUGAAAAUGCUGUUUUGAUGGAAACUCCAAGAGGUUUAAUGCUGACAGUACCUGAAAACAUGGCUGGAAUAACCUAUUGUGAUGACUCAUCCCCAAAUGAAUCAACUCCGCAUGUACUCUCCUGCAUUCCUGUCUCCUUAUUUAGUACGUGUGAUCAUUCUGUGGAUGUAGAUGGUACCAAUGUGUAUGAUGGAGAAGUCUCUAAUGAAUCACAACUGGUAGAUGAAUCAGAAGAAUUAGCCAAACAUCUGCAGGCUGAAGGUGUACAAAUUCAAUUAGGUGAAGCUAAUGGGGAAUCAACAGAUGCUAAAGCAUUACAACAGACAGUUCUAGUCAGUGAAGAGACAACAGAAGUUUGUGUAACUAAAAGAAAAGGUGGAUGGCCUAAAGGUAAAAGACGAAAAAUAAAGCCAACAGUUCUGGGACCUAGAGCACCAGUCACUGGCUAUGUUUUGUAUGCCAUGGACAGAAGGAAAGAGAUAAAAGAAAGUCACCCAGACAUAACAUUUCCAGAAGUAACUAAAAUUUUAGGCCAAGAAUGGAGCUCCAUGGCCUCUGAAAUCAAAGAGAAAUAUUUAGCAGCGGCUGAGGAAGACAAGAAACGCUACAGAGAAGAACUCAAGGCAUUUAAAUCUUCAGAAACAUACCAGGAGACGGUGGGGAAGAAAAUAAUGCUUGCAAAUGAAGGUGAUAUGUCAUCACUUCAGGAAUCAACAGACAUAUUAAACUGUGAUGAGGACAUUUCUAAUGAACUCUACUGUAAAGUCUGUCAAGUCUAUUUUAGCAAUUUGCACAACAAACGAGAGCACAUGUACGGAAAAGCUCAUAUACAGAAUAUGGCUGGUGAGGUGGAAAAAGAGUUAUUGCGGCAACAAAGAGAAGACCAAGCAUUUUUAGAUGGUUCUUUAGUAGUAUCAGAAGAAAUGUCUCAAGAUGGAUAUGCCUCAGCACUUCGAGGAAAUGGCCAUUCCUGUGGCAGUAGUACUUGUAGUAAUACAAGUUGUUUGGCUACUGGUCCAGUGGACAUACAUGGUUUCAUGAUGGACUUUAUCCAAAAGAAUUAUGAACGUGAACAGGAAAUAUCAGUCCUAAAAAAGUGUUUGAAUAAAGCACUACAAAGCAAUGUGAACAUGUGCAAUGAAAUUCAAGCACUUCAAGAAUAUCAGAACAAAUUGGAAGAGGAAAUCAAAGCAUUAACGGCAACUACUUCUGCUCUCAUAGUUCAAAGUGAUGCUCUUAAAAUGGUUCCAACUCUGUUUGGCAUCAUUAAUUUAUGACCUUGGUUUUUUACUAUUUUUUUUUAUGAAUUUGUUUUUUACACAUUGAGCUUAUUGCUUGCCUCUUCUUAAGGAUAAAUGUUACUUCAGUGAUGUGUUGUUUUUUUCUCUUUAUUUUAAAUUAUAAAUGUGUAUGUUUGUGGCGGUCACUAAUGAGAAUGUAAAAAUGUAAGAUAACUAUAAUUUAAUAUACCAGGUUUUGUAUCAUUGUUUGAGAAUUUAAUGUUAAACAUUGUGACAAAAAUAAACUUUAAUUUUGCAAUUCUAAAUACUGAAAUAAAUUAUAUUAUUCACAGAUAA